AAGAAGAAGAAGAAGAAGAAGAAGACACCGGGCCAUGCAAAACGAACAAACUCAUUGGGAGCACAGGCGUGUAGGCGUACAUUUUUGCUCAUUUAUUUUACGUUUAAAUUAGCAGAUACCAGCACUGCAAUGGCAAUUGACUGGCUUGGAUUUGGCUACGCUGCAGCCAUAGCCCUUGGGGGAUUCAUGGGAUACAAGAGAAAAGGUAGUGUCAUGUCAUUGAUAGCUGGGCUAUUGUUUGGCAGCAUAGCAGCCUAUGGGGCCUUCAUGAUUUCAAAUGACCCAACCAAGACUUUCUACUCCCUCUUUGCCUCAGGAGCGCUGACAAUAGUGAUGGGAAUGAGAUUCAAGAAAUCUGGGAAAAUAAUGCCAGGUGGUAUUAUGGCAGGACUAAGUUUGCUGAUGGUCCUACGACUUCUCUUCAUGGGUGUGAUUGUAAUGUGAUUUGAACAAUACAACAACCAACUAAAGCAAGAUGGAAAAUGUCUUCAAGGGAUGAAGUUCCAUUUGCACAUUGUUUGUGCUUGCCUAUAUGUAUUUUUGUAAUCAUACUUCAUGUUUGUACGUUCUUUAAAGAAAUUGAUGUUGAUCCUGCAACCUAUGAUCAUAAUGCUGCUUUAGUCAUUCCUAAAGUACGCAGCACUGGGGGCAAUGAGUGCACAUGCACAAUGACCAAAUGCUAUGUGGAUGGAGUAAAAAGGUUGUUACUUCCUUGAAUAGUUGUGUUGUCUCAUAGGAAAUUGUUUAAGUUGAAUGAACUACAUUAAUGGCUUACAAUGACUGAGUGAAUUGUUAUUGUAAAAAAAUGUAUGGGGGAAAAAAUGUAUGUGCUCUGGAUAAGAGCAUCUGCUAAAUGACUAAAAUGUAAUUGUAAGAACAAAGGAGCACUUUCUGUUGAACAGGUAAAUAUACUACUGUUUAUAAGCACACAGGUUAUGAUUUGUUCAAUGGAUAUGGCAACAGAAAUACAAUGACAUUUACUACUCGA